UUUCCUACACAUGGAUUACCGGAAGUAGUUGAAAUGAAAGAGUGACAGAUUGUCAGAAAAUUUUCAGACAAAAAUCGAUAAUGAAGGCUUUUUUGUUUUUUAUCUCCUUAUUUUAUAUGGUUAUCUGUAAAAAGGAAACGGUUUCUGAUCUUUAUGAUAUGUUAAACGAUCCUGCAAUUUUGUCAGAAAUUGAAAAACGCCUAAAACUUAUAGACGACGACAGUGAACCAUUUUCGGAUGGACAAGUUGGUUGUUACGAAAAGACUGCCACACUAGCACCGGGAUGCAGUUUCAUCGCAAAUAGUAGUUUGAUCAUUAAAACUUCAGAAUCUAUGCAAAGAGGUGCUGAAUUUUUAGAGGAUUUCAAGAACAUCAGCUGCCCAAGAGAGUGUACAAAGCGUUGUUGUGAAAAUCCGAAAUGUGACACUGCAGUUUAUCAGGAUAAGGAUGCUCGCAAGUGUUUUCUAUUCCACUGUGGAGACUCAGGAGUCUGCCUGUUCUCUCAUCACAGUAACUACUGGAGGAUGUCGAUCUCUGAGGCCACGCACAAAUCUCAUGGUUACAUACCAGGGGGAGCCACCUAUAUUCAUGAAGAUGAAUUGGAGAACCUUGGAUCUCAUGAUAAACAACAAGAUACAACUCCCGAGCCAGUUCCAACAACAACUACAACAAGGCCAACAACAAGUCUACCAGGUCUAGGAGACUACUGUGCAUCGUAUGAGUCAGACUGUGAGGAUCCACAUGCAGAAUGUCUGAUGAAAACCUGUAGAUGCAGGGUUGGGUAUCAUGAAAAGAAUCAAGUCUGUCGAAAGCACUGUAGAGUUAAUGAGGAGUUUGAGUGUGAGAAUAUAAAGUACGGUGCCAAUGGGAGACAGUGUGUACUCAGCAGAUAUGUUUGUGAUGGACAUCCUGACUGUGAUGAUGGCUCAGAUGAAAUGAAUUGUCCAGAUAAAAAUAAACCAGCAUACAUGGACGGGGAUGGUAACAGCAAUGUAUACAACAGUCCCUUAUAUAAUUCUCAAUAUAACCAACCAGAUGCUCAGUUUCCAUAUGGCUUCCCUAUUCCUGGCUUGACCAACCAGCAGCAGGCUGGUUUGUAUCCAUCACCCAAUCAGAUCUAUCCAGCUCAAGGUACAGCCAGUCAGAAUGUUGGAGGACAGUUCUAUGUACCAGGAAUGACCAAUCAGAAUAAUGGCGGUGCAAAUUUAGUACCAGUCAAGAAUCAGUACAACCAGCAGUGGCCGCUAAACAGUGGGAUUGGUUCCCAGAUUUACCCUAACAAUGUUCCUUAUCAAGCUGGACAGCAGCAGAGCUACAUUCCAGCACAGACUGGUUUGAUACAAAAUCCAGUUCAGCCUGUCCCGCAAGUAAAUCAGAAUAUGCAACCAGUCCAGCAAACUAGUGGACAAGGCAUUCCACAGGUUCAGUCUAAUUUAGUUCCAAGUGGUGUUGUUCAACAGAACUAUGUUCCAGUGCAGAAUCCUGCUACUAGUGCUCCUGUGGUUAAACCAGUCACUCAAAAAAGUAAAGUUAUUGAACCAGUCAACCAGAUAAAAAAUCAGUACACUGGUUUCCCAAAUGACCAGUUUUAUGAUACUGAUACUGUCACUGAGGGAGAAGAGGUAGCAAGAGACAGGGAUAGAUAUCCUGUCAGCAUGAAUGAUGAUGGAAAUGACAAUGUAAACAGUUACGAUGACAGAAAUCCCGACAUAGGCCAAAAAGUGCCUCCUAAGACUGACUUGCAACAUAAUUAUGCCUAUGAUGAAGGUAGAAUGGAGAGUCAAAAUGUUGACAAAGGUGAUGAUGAUAAUCCUGACAAUGCUGUUGACCAUCACAGACAUUCAUCAGAAGAAGAAGAUGAUGUUGCCUACAACAGGGCUAGAACCUACCCACCCUCUACAAAAACAAAAACACAAAUAGCUUCACCUACUCAGUCUACAGUGUCUGGUCAGAAAACAGGACAGUCUCACUCAGAGGGGUUUCCAGACUAUUCUUGGCUGAAAUAUGAUGAUGACUCACCUAGAGUCAGUGGCAAGAAGGGAAAGACAGUUGCCUCAAGUCAUGGCACUGAUAAGGACACAAGUGAUACUAGAAAACAGCCUAGCCAGUCAAACGUGAAAAGCACUAGUGGUAAAUCAUCAAAACUGCAAGAAACGAAGCAAAAUAAUUAUAUUAAACCAAGUGCUAAACUUGAAUCCGAUUCUAGAUAUGAUACUGAUAAAUUGGAAAAGGGUAGAUACGACGUAGACAGCCGGUAUCCAGAUGAUUACAGGCUGCCAUAUGAUGAUUAUCAGCGACCCAGCAAUAACCGCAGACCUUCAUAUAACAGGUAUGACAAUAGGUAUGACAACAGCAGACGCCGACCAAGUCCAGGGUCUAGAUAUCCUUAUUAUGAAACAGGGUACAAGCAGGGUUGGAAUAGGGAUAGGGAGCGGUAUCCAGUCUGGGACCCCUACAAGGAUGAAUACUAUUACCCAGAUGUAUAUGAAGACAGACAUUUAAGUCAUGAUCUGGACUAUGAUGGCCCGGCAGACAAGAAGCCUUCUCACAGUAGACCUUUUGAACCAGGGAAUAAAAAUGGAAUAUUCCAGGGUCAGCCAGACACGCAGAAGGUCACAGAGCCACCUCAUAAUGCACAGAAAACUACUGAAAAAGUGGUAAAACAGUCUACGCCCAAAGCUGCUACUCCCAGUCCUACAGAUGCUGUAAAACCAGUUGCGACUGAUACAAACAAAGUAGAUGCACCAAAAAUAGAUUCACAAGCAUCUACGGAUACAGAUGAAUCUGAUAACCAAGAACCAGUCAGUAGUGAACAAGAAACAGGAGACCAGUCUGUUGAAGAAAGCUCUCCAGUAAAAAGUAACAACACACAGAGGUCAAAAGUGGUGAAUCAAAAGGUGAUUUCUUAAAAAUUUUGAAUGAUGAUGCUGUAGAAGUUGAAAGCUAUACAGACAGUUUUCAGGGUCCUAUAGUUGCCCUGGCUCUUGGGUUAGCAAUAACCAUGAUGCUGUUAAUUAUUGUAGGUUGUAGGUUGAGAACAGUGAAAAGACGUUUGAGAA